AUGAGUGACUGCCAGCCACCUCAUUCUCCUACCACUUGUGAAACUGUUUGCCUCAGAUUGGGACUUGAACCCAUGUGGUGGGAACUCAAACCCAGCCAAAACCCUGCUUGGGACUUCAACCUACAUGACUGGGACUCAAGCCCAGCCAAAGCCCACGAUAUAUGCUACGGACCUAAUGAAGCUCAGUUUCUUGAUGUCUCAUUGCAGAAAGAAUACAGUGAGAGACAGAGACAGGUAAGAAGUGGAUUUAUCCAGAUUCAGAAAGAAGCAGAUUCAGAUUCAGGCAGAGUGUGGGCCAUCACAGAGGGCGAGUGUGGCUGUGAAAUGUGGCAUGGUUAG